CCAUCUCAAAAUUCUUGCAUUGUACAGAGCUAUGUUACUAUAAGGGAAUGAAUGAGUAUAUAGUAUGUUUUAAACUAGUUUUAUAGUACUGUCAGCUUGUUCAGUUGUUCUGUGUCAACAUGAAAAGCCACAAGACAUGCAGAAUUGUAGAUUGUUAAGAGACAUGCACCUGACCUGUGUCAUGUGAAGGUUGGUAGACACACACAAGGUAAAAAAAACCAAGUUAUAGCGCAGUUCAGUGCUCCCUUUACAAUCAACAAUGUAUUGUGCAAGGUCCGAGGUGUGCCUGUGCCAUAAAAGCCUAUCAGCAGCCCUAUCGAAGGUAGGUAGGCGAGCACACAAAGCACAUCUGUGUGUGUGCAGUCAUUCAUUCCACCACUCUCUCUCUCUCUCUGCACUUAGCCAGGGGAGUGUGAUUCUCUCCCUGUUGGUCUCUCAUUCGCUGUGUCUGAAGUGCUUGAUCCAAGCCAUGUGUGCAAAACAGGAAAAGUGUCUCUGUGUGUGUGUGUGGGUGGGUCGGGUGUGUGUGUAUACAUGCAGUGCAGGGGCGCCCACUGCAGUAGCAGAAAAGUCAGCCGGGACUUUCUCACCCCUCACCCCACCCCCCGGCUUGGUGCCGGAUGCCGGGAAUAUUGUGUCGCUCAGAGCUCCCUUUAACCCGACCUCCCUGCACACUCAGCUAUGCGAGGUUAUGACCACUCACUAUCUAUGAGCAAAGGAGCAUGGCAAGGCAGAGAGCAUGCUCUCGUCUGCCAAAAUACACACAGGCAUGCACUGGCAGAACAGAGCAGAGAUAUUGCAAAACGGAAUGUUUUUUUCUGUUUUUGGGUGACUUUUAUGGUCUCUGAGGCAAGCUGUUCCUGAAGUUACUAUUCUAUUCCUGAUGUUACAGAAAGGCAGCAAGAUGGCGUCCAGCUCCACGGAUACAUCAAAUGGCCAAUCAAGUAGUGCUGUGGCUGGUGUGUUCCUUGAAAAGACCAAAGAAACACUUACCAUUUAUGAAGCAAUGAAGAAACGCCUCCUGAAGCGAGAUAUAUGUCUAGCCCUCUUGCAAGCUCAAGCUGCCACAAUUGGCAUAGUUGACGUCAAAAAUAACAAGACGUUUUCAGUGCAGGAAGCUGUGCACAAAGGCAUAAUUGGCCCGGAGUUCAAAGAGAAACUCCUUGUCGCUGAAAAAGCCCUUAGAGGUUACGCAGAUCCAUACAACAAUGAACCCCUCUCGGUCUUUCAAGCCAUUCAGAAGGAUGUUCUUCCAGGCGAUGUCGGGGUGAGACUUCUUGAAGCUCAAGCAGUUACAGUAGGAAUAUAUGACCCUAUUCUGAAGACCCAUAUUUCAGAGCAGUCUGCUAGCGAGAGGGGUCACUAUGACCAGGUUCUUCUGAACAAUCAAACAGAGGUACUGAAAGUGUUUAGGGACCCAGUCUCUCAAGAAGAAGUCACCUACAAACAACUGCUUGAGAAGUGCAAGGUAGACCCUGAAACUGGCCUGUGCCUUCUACCCGUCUGCAUUACUUUCAAAGGCUUGCGAAGAGCAGUGUGUUCGGGAGAGCUCCUGGCAUCAAAAAUCAUUGAUGAGGAGACAUUUGACAACCUCCAAAAAGGCAAAACUACUGCCAACGAUGUGAUGCUCAUGGAGGGUGUGAAAGAGUACCUGGAUGGAAAAGGAAGCAUUGCUGGCGUGGCCCUGACAUCUUCUGGCGAUCGAAUGAGCAUCUACCAAGCUAUGAAAAAAGGCAUCAUCAUGCCUGGAACGGCACUAGUUCUUUUGGAGGCACAAGCUGCAACCGGUUUCUUGAUUGAUCCUGUGAAAAACGUUAAGUACAAUGUGGAUGAUGCUGUCCGAGAGAAGAUUGUUGGCCCAGAGUUUCAUUCCAAACUCCUUUCCGCUGAAAGGGCAGUGACUGGCUAUAAAGACCCGUACACUGGUGACACAAUAUCUUUAUUCCAGGCCCUUUCAAAGGAGCUGAUAAUAAAAGACCAUGGAAUCAGGCUGCUUGAAGCUCAGAUUGCAACAGGAGGUAUAAUAGAUCCAAUCAACAGCCAUAGACUGCCAGUGGACGUUGCGUACAAGAGGGGCCUAUUUGAUGAGGAAAUGAAUGCCAUUCUGGAGGACCCCAGUGAUGACACAAAGGGUUUCUUUGACCCAAACACAAAAGACAACCUGACCUACAUGCAGUUGAUGGAACGUAGUGUCAUUGACCCAGCCACUGGACUUUCCCUUUUGCCAAUCCAGAAAGGUGAAUCGGGUGUCUUAAAUUCCACAUUCAUACAGUACGAUGUCAAACUGACUUUUAAGAAAGUCAUGGUGACGAGCAACUAUGGCAGAUACAUGGGAAUAAAGACCUCACUCUGGGAACUACUGAUGUCAGAGUACCUGACUGAGAAGCAACGGACAGAUAUCAUUCAGCAGUACUGUGAGCGGAAACUCACAAUCGAGGUGAUCAUCAUAAGGGUGCAAGAGAUAAUUGAACAUUCAGUGAAGUCAACAAAUCUCACAUUUGAGGGAAUUAGAGAAACCGUCACAGCAGAGCAACUGGUGGAGGCUGACAUUAUUCCUGAAAAUGUUCUACAGGAAUUAAGCAAAGGCAAAACAACUGUCACCGAAAUCACUGAGCAGGAGGCAAUAAAAACGUACUUACAAGGAAAAUCCAGCAUCGCAGGGAUUUUGCUUCCAAACUCACAGAUAAUGUCCAUAUAUCAAGCUCAGCGAAAGGGGAAACUGAGACCGGGAACAAGUCUCAUUCUGCUUGAAGCUCAGGCAGCAACAGGUUUUGUCAUUGACCCCGUUUUGAACACCAAGCUCUCAGUGAACGAUGCAGUGGCAGCGAACGUAGUUGGGCGAGAGUUUCGUGCAAAGCUACUCUCUGCAGAAAGAGCAGUGACAGGCUACAAAGAUCCAAGCACUGGUAACACCAUCUCUUUGUUUCAGGCCAUGGUUAAAGACUACAUCCUUAAGGAUCACGGUAUCCGUCUGCUUGAGGCCCAGAUUGCCACAGGUGGGAUCAUCGACCCCAUAAAUAGCCAUCGUAUCCCAGUACAUGUUGCCUAUCAGCGGGGCUACUUCAACGUUGAGAUGAAUGAAAUCCUCAAUGAUCCAACAGAUGACACAAAGGGAUUCUUUGACCCAAACACCCAGGAGAAUCUGACCUACCUGCAACUCAUGGAGCGAUGUGUUGUUGAUCCAAAUACAGGCCUCUGUCUCUUGCCUCUGAAAGGGAAGGAUCACACAGUGAAAAUACACGAACAGACAAGACAGAGACUGAAGGCUAGUUCUGUACUUGUGAAGUAUGGAAGAUUCAAAGACAAACAGGUCACAAUUUGGGAACUUCUUAACUCUGAAUACUUGUCUGAAGAGAAAAGGCAGGAUCUGCUCAAACAGUUCACACGGAGCCAGAUAACAAUAGAAAGAAUGACCACAGUGAUUCUGGAAAUUAUCGAAACUGUAGAAGUGAAGAAUGAGUACACAUUUAGUGGACUGAGAAGCAAUAUCUGUAUGAAAGACUUGGAAGAACUGGGAAUAGUCACAGCAGGAACAUGUGCAUGGUUACAGAGCAGGUCCUGUGAUGAGAUAGCCAAUGAUACCAACGUUGCCAAAUAUUUGAGAGGGACAGGCUCAAUUGCAGGAUUAAUUCUGAAGCCAUCUGGACAGAAAGUGAGCAUCUAUGAUGCCAUGAAAAAAGGCAUUUUGAUGCCAGGAACAGCAUUGUGCCUUCUGGAAGCUCAAGCCGCCACAGGAUACAUUAUUGAUCCCAUGAAAAAUGAACACCUGACAGUGGAACAAGCAAUACAACAGAAUCUGAUUGGACCACAGGUGUAUGACAAACUCCUAUCAGCAGAGAGGGCUGUUACUGGGUAUGUGGAUCCCUGUAGUGGGAGUAAAAUUUCCCUUUUUCAAGCAAUGCAGAAAGAGUUGAUUGUGAAAGAGCAUGGCAUUCGUCUCCUUGAGGCUCAAAUAGCCACAGGUGGCAUAAUCGAUCCCCUACACUGUGUACAUAUACCACUUGAGGUGGCAUACAGAAAAGGUUAUUUUGAUGCUGACAUGAAUGAUAUCCUUACCGACCCCACUGAUGACACCAAAGGAUUUUUUGACCCUAACACAAAGAAAAACAUGACAUAUCUGGAGCUGAUGCAGCAAUGCAUAAAAGACCCAGAAACAGGGCUCCUUCUUUUGCCACUGCAGACUGAUGGAAAAAUUGAAGAGAAAAAAAUAAAAUCAGUGGAAAAAGUCAAAAUUGAGCUUGAGAGACACCUAGUUAGCAUCACUGUUGGUCAAUAUACAGGGAAAAUUGUUUCAGUGUGGGAGUUGCUUCACUCUGCAUACUUCCAAGACUGGGAAAGACAAGAGCUACUUGAAAAGUAUGGAUUGUCCGUGCUGACCAUUGAGCAGAUUGUUGAACGUGUCCAAUCAACGAUAACAAAAUGCGAACAGGGAAAAGGAACUGUGGAGAUGCUUACAGAUGCACAAACUGAGGACAUCUUGAAGCAGUAUCUCAUGCAACUCAGAUCUGGAAAAUUUGCAGGAAAGCAAGUGGCAGUGUGGGAGGUUCUGCACUCAGAGUACAUUUCUGCUGAAAAAAGGGAUCAAAUAAUCCUUGACUUCAAAGAAAGAAAAAUGACGAUUGAAGAAAUUGUCACGUUUGUGACUGCAAUUGUGGAAGAAGCAACAUCCAAGAGACACACGUUCAAAGGCUUAAGAAGACAAGUUUCUGCAAGUGAACUAUUUGAGUCAAAAAUUAUCUCAAAGGAAGUGUUAGGCAAGAUAAUUGAGGGCAAAAUCACAGAUAAAGACAUGACUGAAAUGGAUUCAGUGCAAAAGUACCUCACGGCAACCAACAGCAUUGCUGGAGUAAGAGUUGAGUCUAAAAAAACAACCAUGAGUAUCUAUGAGGCAAAAUCCAAAGGCCUGUUGACACCUGGGACGUCUCUUGUACUACUAGAGGCUCAGGCUGCCACUGGGUUUGUCAUUGAUCCAGUAAACAACAAGAAGUUGUCAGUGGAGGAAGCUGUGGCAGCAGGUGUGGUGGGGUCAGAGUGGAAAAGCAAACUACUUUCAGCAGAGAGGGCUGUCACUGGAUACACUGACCCUUACACUGAAAAAACAAUUUCCCUAUUUCAGGCUCUGAAGAAAGACCUGAUAGUGAAGGAUCAUGGCAUCCGGCUGUUGGAAGCCCAAAUUGCAACAGGGGGCAUCAUUGACCCCGUGUAUAGCCAUCGAGUACCAGUUGAAGUGGCGUACCAGAGAGGCUACUUUGAUGAGGAAAUGAACCAGAUCCUCUUGGAUCCAGACGAUGACACCAAGGGCUUCUUUGACCCAAAUACUCAGGACAACCUCACAUAUUUGCAACUUAUCGAACGAUGUGUGGUAGACCCAGAUACAGGACUACACUUGCUUCAGAUUGUAAAAAAAGGAGAAUUUUACUUCUUUAUUGACGAGUGCACUAAAACCCUGUUUAAGUCCACAAUGACAAAACGAGCAAAAGGUACAUUCAAAGGUAAGGAGGUCUCCCUAUGGGAACUUCUUUAUUCCAAGUACAUCACUGAGGAGAAACGACGAGAACUUGUUCAACAAUACAGAUCUGGAGACAUCACAAUUGACUACUUCAUGGAGCUAGUACUGACAAUCAUUCAAAAGACAGAAUCUUCUACCACAACAGUUGAACAAACACAAGCAAAAUCAACAUCACAAGUUAAAACAACCACAACAACAAUAGUUGAAACAACAUUCCAUGGAAUUAGAAAGGAUGUGACAGCUGAUGAGCUACUUGAGUCCAAGGUCAUUGACAAGAAAAUUCAUGAUGAUCUCCUCAAAGGCAAAGUCACAGUAGAUCAUGUGAGUGAAAUGGACUCUGUGCGAAGGUAUCUACAAGGCACCAACUGCAUUGCUGGGGUCUAUGUGCAAUCCACUAAACAAACACUUAGCAUCUAUGAAGCCAAAGCCAAAGGCCUUCUGACUCCAGGAACAUCUCUGGUCCUUCUUGAGGCGCAAGCUGCCACUGGGUUUGUCAUUGACCCAGUGAACAACAGGAAGUUGUCAGUGGAAGAAGCUGUGGAAGCACGAGUGGUCAGUCCUGAACUCAAGGGCAAACUUCUGUCAGCAGAGAGGGCUGUCACUGGAUACACUGACCCAUACACUGGCAAAACAAUUUCCCUUUUCCAAGCCCUGAAGAAAGAUCUCAUUGUAAAAGAUCAUGGUAUUCGACUGCUGGAAGCCCAAAUCGCUACAGGGGGCAUAAUCGAUCCAGUGUACAGCCACCGUGUGCCAGUUGAAGUGGCGUACCAGAGAGGCUACUUUGAUGAGGAAAUGAACCAGAUUCUCUUGGAUCCAGACGAUGACACCAAGGGUUUCUUCGAUCCAAAUACUCAAGAGAACCUCACCUAUCUGCAGCUGGUUGAGAGGUGUGUGAAGGAUCCUGACACAGGGCUUAGCCUGCUUGUUAUUGUGAAGAAAGGAGAAUUCUACUUCUUCGUCGAUGAAUCCACAAAGAUCAUUCUCAAGUCCACCACCACAACUAAAGCAGGAGGCAAGUACAGUGGCCAAACUGUUUCACUCUGGGAGCUCCUUUACUCUCAGUACAUAACUGAGGAGAAGCGGAGAGAUCUUGUUCAGCAGUACAAAUCUGGAACAAUCACCAUUGAGAAAUUCAUGGAAUCUGUGCUAUGCAUCAUUCAAAAGAAAACAUCCAGCAUCAAAAAAUCUGAAGUAACCAAAGAAAGCACCAAGUCCCAAAACACAAAGACGACAACCAUCACCACGACAACAAUUGAAGAAACAUUCCAUGGAAUCAGGAAGGAUGUGACAGCACAAGAGCUGCUGGAAUCCAAAGUCAUUGACCAGAACACUUACGACAACUUGAGUGCGGGAAAAGUGACAGUGGACCACGUCAGCCAAAUAGACUCUGUGCAGAAGUACCUGCAAGGGACCAACAGCAUUGCUGGCGUGUAUGUUCAAUCCACUAAACAAACACUGAGCAUCUAUGAAGCCAAAGCCAAAGGCCUUCUGACUCCAGGAACAUCUCUGGUCCUCCUUGAGGCUCAGGCUGCCACUGGGUUUGUCAUUGACCCAGUGAACAACAGGAAGUUGUCAGUGGAAGAAGCUGUGGCAGCAGGUGUGGUAGGAGCAGAAUGGAAAAGCAAACUACUGUCAGCAGAGAGGGGUGUCACUGGAUACACUGACCCAUACACUGGAAAUUUGAUUUCCCUCUUCCAAGCACUGAAGAAAGAUCUCAUUGUAAAAGACCAUGGCAUUCGACUGCUGGAAGCCCAAAUCGCUACAGGGGGCAUCAUCGAUCCAGUGUACAGCCAUCGAGUGCCAGUUGAGGUGGCGUACCAGAGAGGCUACUUUGAUGAGGAAAUGAACCAGAUUCUCUUGGAUCCAGACGAUGACACCAAGGGUUUCUUUGAUCCAAAUACUCAGGAGAAUCUCACCUAUCUGCAGUUGGUUGAGAGGUGUGUGAAGGAUCCUGACACAGGACUCAGCCUGCUAGUUAUUGUGAAGAAAGGAGAAUUCUACUUCUUCGUUGAUGAAUCCACAAAGACCAUUCUCAAGUCCACCACCACAACUAAAGCAGGAGGCAAGUACAGUGGCCAAACUGUGUCUCUCUGGGAGCUCCUUUACUCUCAGUACAUAACUGAGGAGAAACGGAGAGAUCUUGUUCAGCAGUACAAAUCUGGUACAAUCACCAUUGAGAAAUUCAUGGAAUCUGUGCUAUGCAUCAUUCAAAAGAAAACAUCCACCAUCACAAAAUCUGAAGUAACCAAAGAAAGCACCAAGUCCCAAAACACAAAGACGACAACCAUCACCACGACGACAAUUGAAAAAACAUUCCAUGGAAUCAGGAAGGAUGUAACAGCACAAGAGCUGCUGGAAUCCAAAGUCAUUGACCAGAACACUUACGACAACUUGAGUGCAGGAAAAGUGACAGUGGACCAUGUCAGCCAAAUAGACUCUGUGCAGAAGUACCUGCAAGGGACCAACAGCAUUGCUGGAGUUUAUGUUCAAUCCACUAAACAAACGCUGAGCAUCUAUGAAGCCAAAGCUAAAGCCCUUCUGACUCCAGGAACAUCUCUGGUCCUCCUUGAGGCUCAGGCUGCCACUGGGUUUGUCAUUGACCCAGUGAACAACAGGAAGUUGUCAGUGGAAGAAGCUGUGGCAGCAGGUGUGGUAGGAGCCGAAUGGAAAAGCAAACUUCUAUCAGCAGAGAGGGGUGUCACUGGAUACACUGACCCAUACACUGGAAAUUUGAUUUCCCUCUUCCAAGCCCUGAAGAAAGAUCUCAUUGUAAAAGACCAUGGCAUUCGACUGCUGGAAGCCCAAAUCGCUACAGGGGGCAUCAUCGAUCCAGUGUACAGCCAUCGAGUGCCAGUUGAGGUGGCGUACCAGAGAGGCUACUUUGAUGAGGAAAUGAACCAGAUUCUCUUGGAUCCAGACGAUGACACCAAGGGUUUCUUCGAUCCAAAUACUCAGGAGAAUCUCACCUAUCUGCAGCUGGUUGAGAGGUGUGUGAAGGAUCCUGACACAGGGCUUAGCCUGCUAGUUAUUGUGAAGAAAGGAGAAUUCUAUUUCUUCGUUGAUGAAUCCACAAAGACAAUCCUCAAGUCCACCACCACAACUAAAGCAGGAGGAAAAUACAGUGGCCAAACUGUUUCACUCUGGGAGCUCCUUUACUCUCAGUACAUAACUGAGGAGAAACGGAGAGAUCUUGUUCAGCAGUACAAAUCUGGUACAAUCACCAUUGAGAAAUUCAUGGAAUCUGUGCUAUGCAUCAUUCAAAAGAAAACAUCCACCAUCACAAAAUCUGAAGUAACCAAAGAAAGCACCAAGUCCCAAAACACAAAGACGACAACCAUCACCACGACGACAAUUGAAAAAACAUUCCAUGGAAUCAGGAAGGAUGUGACAGCACAAGAGCUGCUGGAAUCCAAAGUCAUUGACCAGCACACUUACGAAAACUUGAGUGCAGGAAAAGUGACAGUGGACCAUGUCAGCCAAAUAGACUCUGUGCAGAAGUACCUGCAAGGGACCAACAGCAUUGCUGGAGUUUAUGUUCAAUCCACUAAACAAACGCUGAGCAUCUAUGAAGCCAAAGCUAAAGGCCUUCUGACUCCAGGAACAUCUCUGGUCCUUCUUGAGGCUCAGGCUGCCACCGGGUUUGUCAUUGACCCAGUGAACAACAGGAAGUUGUCAGUGGAAGAAGCUGUGGCAGCAGGUGUGGUGGGAGCAGAAUGGAAAAGCAAACUUCUAUCAGCAGAGAGGGGUGUCACUGGAUACACUGACCCAUACACUGGAAAUUUGAUUUCCCUCUUCCAAGCCCUGAAGAAAGAUCUCAUUGUAAAAGACCAUGGCAUUCGACUGCUGGAAGCCCAAAUCGCCACUGGCGGAAUCAUUGAUCCGGUGUACAGCCAUCGAGUGCCAGUGGAAGUGGCAUACCAGAGAGGCUACUUUGAUGAGGAAAUGAACCAGAUUCUCUUGGAUCCAGACGAUGACACCAAGGGUUUCUUCGAUCCAAAUACUCAGGAGAAUCUCACCUAUCUGCAGCUGGUUGAGAGGUGUGUGAAGGAUCCUGACACAGGACUUAGCCUGCUAGUUAUUGUGAAGAAAGGAGAAUUCUACUUCUUCGUUGAUGAAUCCACAAAGAUCAUUCUCAAGUCCACCACCACAUCUAAAGCAGGAGGCAAGUACAGUGGACAGACUGUGUCUCUCUGGGAGCUCCUUUACUCUCAGUACAUAACUGAGGAGAAACGGAGAGAUCUUGUUCAGCAGUACAAAUCUGGAACAAUCACCAUUGAGAAAUUCAUGGAAUCUGUGCUAUGCAUCAUUCAAAAGAAAACAUCCACCAUCACCAAAUCUGAAGUAACCAAAGAAAGCACCAACUCCGAAAACACAAAGACGACAACCAUCACCACAACAACAAUUGAAAAAACAUUCCAUGGAAUCAGGAAGGAUGUGACAGCACAAGAGCUGCUGGAAUCCAAAGUCAUUGACCAGAAUACUUACGACAACUUGAGUGCAGGAAAAGUGACAGUGGACCACGUCAGCCAAAUAGACUCUGUGAGCAGGUACCUUCAUGGCACUAACAGCAUUGCUGGAGUUUAUGUUCAAUCCACUAAACAAACGCUGAGCAUCUAUGAAGCCAAAGCUAAAGGCCUUCUCACUCCAGGAACAUCUCUGGUCCUCCUUGAGGCCCAGGCUGCCACUGGGUUUGUCAUUGACCCAGUGAACAACAGGAAGUUGUCAGUGGAAGAAGGUGUGGCAGCAGGCGUGGUAGGAGCAGAAUGGAAAAGCAAACUUCUAUCAGCAGAGAGGGGUGUCACUGGAUACACUGACCCAUACACUGGGAAUUUGAUUUCUCUCUUCCAAGCCCUGAAGAAAGAUCUCAUUGUAAAAGACCAUGGCAUUCGACUGCUGGAAGCCCAAAUUGCUACUGGAGGAAUCAUCGAUCCAGUGUACAGCCAUCGAGUGCCAGUUGAGGUGGCGUACCAGAGAGGCUACUUUGAUGAGGAAAUGAACCAGAUUCUCUUGGAUCCAGACGAUGACACCAAGGGCUUCUUCGAUCCAAACACUCAGGAGAAUCUCACCUAUCUGCAGUUGGUUGAGAGGUGUGUGAAGGAUCCUGACACAGGACUCAGCCUUCUAGUUAUUGUGAAGAAAGGAGAAUUCUACUUCUUCGUUGAUGAAUCCACAAAGACCAUUCUCAAGUCCACCACCACAACUAAAGCAGGAGGCAAGUACAGUGGACAGACUGUGUCUCUCUGGGAGCUUCUUUACUCUCAGUACAUAACUGAGGAGAAACGGAGAGAUCUUGUUCAGCAGUACAAAUCUGGAACAAUCACCAUAGAGAAAUUCAUGGAAUCUAUGCUAUGCAUCAUUCAAAAGAAAACAUCCACCACCACAAAGUCUGAAGUAAUCAAAGAAAGCACCAAGUCCCUAAACACAAAGACAACAACUAUCACCAUGACGACAACUGAAACAACAUUCCAUGGAAUUAGGAAGGACGUGACCGCUCAAGAGCUGCUCGAGUCCAAAGUCAUUGACCAGAACACUUAUGAUGACCUCAGUGCUGGAAAAGUGACAGUGGAUCAUGUCAGUCAAAUAGAUUCUGUGAGCAGGUACCUUCAUGGCACCAACAGCAUUGCAGGAGUUUAUGUUCAAUCCACUAAACAAACACUGAGCAUCUAUGAAGCCAAAGCCAAAGGCCUUCUGACUCCAGGAACAUCUCUGGUCCUCCUUGAGGCGCAAGCUGCCACUGGGUUUGUCAUUGACCCAGUGAACAACAGGAAGUUGUCAGUGGAAGAAGCUGUGGCGGCAGGUGUGGUGGGGGCAGAAUGGAAAAGCAAACUUCUGUCAGCAGAGAGGGGUGUCACUGGAUACACUGACCCAUACACUGGAAAUUUGAUUUCCCUCUUCCAAGCACUGAAGAAAGAUCUCAUUGUAAAAGACCAUGGCAUUCGACUACUGGAGGCCCAAAUUGCAACAGGGGGCAUAAUUGACCCUGUGUACAGCCAUCGAGUGCCAGUUGAAGUGGCAUACCAGAGAGGCUACUUUGAUGAGGAAAUAAACCAGAUUCUCUUGGAUCCAGACGAUGACACUAAGGGCUUCUUUGAUCCAAAUACUCAGGAGAAUCUCACCUAUCUGCAGUUGGUUGAGAGGUGUGUGAAGGAUCCUGACACAGGACUCAGCCUGCUAGUUAUUGUGAAGAAAGGAGAAUUCUACUUCUUCGUUGAUGAAUCCACAAAGACCAUUCUCAAGUCCACCACCACAACUAAAGCAGGAGGCAAGUACAGUGGACAGACUGUGUCUCUCUGGGAGCUUCUUUACUCUCAGUACAUAACUGAGGAGAAACGGAGAGAUCUUGUUCAGCAGUACAAAUCGGGAACAAUCACAAUUGAAAUCUUCUUGGAAUAUGUACUGACCAUCAUUCAAAAGAAAACAUCCACCAGCACAACAACCAUCAUCACGACAACAACUGAAACAACAUUCCAUGGAAUUAGGAAGGACGUGACUGCUCAAGAGCUGCUCGAGUCCAAAGUCAUUGACCAGAACACUUAUGAUGACCUCAGUGCUGGAAAAGUGACAGUGGAUCAUGUCAGUCAAAUAGACUCUGUGAGCAGGUACCUUCAUGGCACCAACAGCAUUGCAGGAGUUUAUGUUCAAUCCACUAAACAAACAAUGAGCAUCUAUGAAGCCAAAGCUAAAGGCCUUCUGACUCCAGGAACAUCUCUGGUCCUCCUUGAGGCGCAAGCUGCCACUGGGUUUGUCAUUGACCCAGUGAACAACAGGAAGUUGUCAGUGGAAGAAGCUGUGGCGGCAGGUGUGGUAGGAGCAGAAUGGAAAAGCAAACUUCUAUCAGCAGAGAGGGGUGUCACUGGAUACACUGACCCAUACACUGGAAAUUUGAUUUCCCUCUUCCAAGCCCUGAAGAAAGAUCUCAUUGUAAAAGACCAUGGCAUUCGACUACUAGAGGCCCAAAUUGCAACAGGGGGCAUCAUUGACCCAGUGUACAGCCAUCGAGUGCCAGUUGAAGUGGCGUACCAGAGAGGCUACUUUGAUGAGGAAAUGAACCAGAUUCUCUUGGAUCCAGACGAUGACACCAAGGGUUUCUUUGAUCCAAAUACUCAGGAGAAUCUCACCUAUCUGCAGCUGGUUGACAGAUGUGUGAAGGAUGCUACGACAGGUCUGAGCUUAUUAAGUCUCAAUAAGUAACUGUUUCAUAGAAAUGAUUCAUCACAUUCUUUUUUUUUAAACUGUAGUUAUAACUACAGUCUCAAAAGAUGUCAAUGCCCUGUACAUGUAAUAAUUUUUCCUCUUGGCUUUUAGCCUAAGCUUUUUCUAUACGUAGGAGGCCCUGUCAUAGAUGAGAAAAUACUUUUUUAAUGUCUGUGUAAGAUGUUGAUGGUAAGAAGGUAAUGGUAAACCAUAACAAAGUAAAAAAAAAUAGAUGUGCAAACAAAUAAAGUGUUUGUUUAACAUUUCUUCUCUUUUUCAAUGCUGUUUCUAAUAAACUGCCAAUGUAUCAGCAUAAGUAACAGUGCAACUCAAGAAGUUUGAAAUAUAUUGAUCUAGACUGAUUGUUUACAAGUUUUCCAUGUCAAUGUGUUUAUGUCUAUUUCAUAAAACUCAGAAUGAAAGGCUGUUGACUUAAUGAUAUAAAAUAAAUGUAUGAAGAAAUGA